GGAAUGAAAAUAGCCCAAUGGACCCACCGACUGGAAUCAGUCUGCCCUGUUGUAUCUUCAGAAUUUCCAUGUGUAGAAACCAAACAAAUCAGAAUUUAUAUUCUGUAAUUAUGUAAUGCCAUAUUAUGAUUAAAUGAUGGCAAUUUUUUAUUUUUUUUUAAAUGAACAUACAUGUAUACAUUUAUGACAUUCUUGCACUGUCCCACCGAUUUGAAAGUACAUAUAUGAGAAGAACACUGAAAACACCAUAUAUUCUCUGCCAUGAAAAAAAAGAGGAAUUUUUCCUGUGUAAUUUCUGUUUUGAGUCAAGCAUUUUAAUAUUCAUGAGUUAAUUAUGCAAAUAGUAUUUAUAGAAUUGAUUAAUUUGUAAUAAUUUAGGGCAUAUAUUGCAAAUAAGCAGUUUAAUUUGGCAUUGCCUGCUAUGAUAAUGAGCCUUUAAUGUUUUAAGUAGUCUGGUUAACCUUUGUAACUCAUGCAGUCUGCUGACUAAUGCAAUAUAAUUCUGACAUUACUAUUAACAGCUUUAGGCGUACAUGCAUUCAAUGUUUGAGGACUUUGUACUUUGUAGCUAUGUAUGGUGACCAUCUGUUUAUAAAGUCAAAUAUAUAUACAUUUGUUUUGUGCACCUGUAGGCUCAUUCCAAGAAAACUCAUCCUGGGAUGCAAAAAUUAAAAUUCAUCUUAUAAAUUCAAACAGUGCUUUUUUAAUAUUUUGUAUAUGUAUAUUUAUGUUAAAUAACAAACAAAUCAUAAACAGUGAGAUAAUUUUGUGUGUGUCGCUAUUUGAAAAUACAACAUCUGCAAACAAAACAAAACACCAAAAAAUAGAAAAUGGAAACAGAUCCAGCUUCCCCUGCACCCAUGCAGGACCAAGACCACAUUCUACGCGACGAGUCGGACUUCAUUGACAAUGUUUCGCAGUUUUUCAACCAGGAGGAGAUAAGUGAUGUCAAACUCAAGGUGGGCAGUACCACCUUCUUUGCCCACAAGUUUGUUCUGGCCAAAUCGAGCGAAGUAUUUCGUACCAUGCUAUACAAUAAGGAGUGGACCCAGGCUGGGAUGACUGAAGUCCAGCUCAAUGAGAGCACAGAGUGUGAGUUGUAUUUCGACCGGUUCUUGAAAUUCCUGUACACUGCCAAAGUGAACAUCAGUGUGGACGCUGCAGUUGGUAUCCUGUGUCUGGCGGACAAGUAUAGCGUGGGAUCUCUGAAGCAUCUCUGCACCCAGUAUAUGGUGGAGCACACGCAGUCGCCCAAAGUGAAGAACGCUCUCAACUGGUACUCCUGGGCGAAAGCUUUGAAUCUGGAGGGUCUCAUUGAGUCGUGUUCCAAGACAAUCGCCUGGAAUGCACAGUCUCUCCUGCACCUCACUGAAUGGGUCAGUAUGGACAUUGACUUCGUAAGUGACAUUCUCAGCAACUCCGACCUGGUCGUCACCAGUGAGUGGAUGAUUUAUGAAUGCUUAAAGGAAUGGCUGCUGGACGAAAACCACGUGGCCAGUUUCACUGACAAUGCAAAACGCCUGCUUCCCAUGAUUCGCUUUCCGCAGAUGCUUGUCUCACAGCUGUACCGAAUUGAAUCGGACCCUUUCGCGCAGCGGGAAGAAAUCAAGGAUCAGAUACUGGACCUCGUCGGACAAGCGUACAGGUUCCGAUCACUAUGUCCAUCACAGGUGGAGCUGGAUGUUUCCUUCCUCGAGCCCUUCUACAUUCCUCGCAAUUACACUGACCUCACGGUCGACACAGUGCGCAUGCAGAACACGCUGAGAUUCGGGAUUCAGGUGGAUGUCCGGACGUAUGUGGGUCCUGUUCCUUCAGAGUCUAAGGAUGGAGAGUGGAAAAUCACGUACCGAAAGACAAAUGAGUGCUGGACGCUUCAGAUUUACUGUCACGAGUCUGCGAUGGUGAACGGUGAGGCUCGGAUUCAGGCCAGUCUGAUAAUCUACGACGACGAGGACAAGGUGGUUCAGGUGGAAUCCUCGCCAAUCUUCUACUGCUCCCGUGGGAACCACCUGAGCAUGAAUGUCAACCUCCCAACCAACGAGGAGUCCAAACUGAUGGGUGUGCUAAUCAAACCAAUGCCAAAAUAAAUGAGUGAAUGGUUGUUGUAUUCCAGCUCCAUUCUGUAUGCGAAAAAGUUCUGUCAACAUUCCAAGAUAAACGUGUGAACGGUUGUAUUCCAGUUGCAUUCUGUGUUUAUGCAGAGUUCUGCUAAUGUGGUCGGUGCCGAUCGGACCCAUUCAAAACUUUAGUUCUGAAACUAAAGUUGCCACUGAAGGUGUUGUUGUAUAUACAUACAUACACACAUACAUACAUACAUAUAUACAUGAAUUUCACACUUUCUGAAAAAAUUAAAUAGCUUGUUAUUUCCACCAGACAUAUAUUUCUAAAGGGUUUUGAAAUGUUUUUGCCAUACUCAAAAUGCUCACCUGUGCAGAUUUUGAGCCUGUCUAUAAGGCAAUUUUUUUAUCAAAUAAGGAUUGUCUGUUAUUUCUUUUAUGUUCAUCGGGGUAUGAAUAAAAAAAAAUCAUCCACAAAAUGUGUUAAUCGAUGAAGCUGUUCUCACAUAAGUUUGCGGAUGUUUUUUGUUUUUUUCAUACCCAUAUGAACGUAAAAGAAAUAAUAGACUAUACCGGUACUUAUAAUUAAAUGUGAAUCAUACUUGCUAAUAAUAACACUAAAACUUCAUACUUUAUUUUGAUUUAUUUUUAGUCCAUAAACAAUAAUGCUCAAUAAGACAACUUACCCAUAUAGAAUGACGUCAUCAGAUACGACGUUCAUCGAGAAACGAACAAACUCCUAUUUUGUUAUAUCUGGACCAAUGAGAUGAUGUUAUGUUGUAAUGAAUGUAACAGAAAUUUAAUUGUUAACAUUUGCAACAAAUACACACAAAAUUAAAUCCCACAGAAUUAACCCUUUAGCCGACAGCAGUAAAAUAGGCCUUCUAGAAUUUUUAUAAAAUUCACUAGCCAUGGGAUCAGUAAUUUAAGAAAUUUACUAGCCAUGAUUAAAAAUCCACUAGCUCUACUUUACUUUAAGUAAAUACAAUUUUACUAAUUAAUAGU